GAAUUCAGAAACAACGCUGGAGCAGUGAGCUGCGUGAUAACCGGUAACUUCAGUUAUCAACCAACAGUGAGAGUAUAAGCAUAAUGUUAUUACUCGGAAUUCUUCUACUCAGCAUCCAGAGCUCAAGCACUGAGAGCUUGAAAAAUGUUACUAAUUCCGGAUUCGGAUAUGAGCUUGCUCUUGCUGGACUGGAAGCGAUCAAUUUUAGUUUACUAACAGAUCAGCUCCGUUCGAAGCAAUACCAUCAGACCCUAGAGUCGGUGGUAACGAAUCUCCAGAAUACCCUCGCUAACACGGAGCAGAUGGUAAUACGACAAAGUAAACUUUUGAGCAACUUUGAAGUCCAACUAAAGAAGCUGUCGGCCACUAUCGAACCAGUUGGUAAUAUUCCUACGAUCCUAAGUGAGCUUGAUUUGCUGGCUCACAACAUCACACAACUGCUUGUGCGCGUGGCGAGCAUCACCCGUGUUCAGCAAGUACUACCUACAACGGAAAUGUUGAAUGAUUUUAUCCUACAAACCCUCUCCGAACGGCUUCGGACUCCAGGAAUGCUUAAAACACUAGAACCUCGCGAACUACCGACUUCUUGUGCCAAUGCGCCCGAUCGGAGCUCCGGAAUUCGUCGAAUCCAUCCACAACCGGGUUUUACGGAUGCGUUCGAAGUCUACUGUGAACAGGACUACGAAGAUGGUGGCUGGAUAGUAAUACAGAACCGUUUCGAUGGUUCGGUAAAUUUCUACCGCGGCUGGAGUGAGUACGAGUCCGGUUUCGGUAGUUUGAGGGGAGAGUUUUGGCUUGGAUUGCGAAAAAUCCAUGAGCUAACGUAUGGCAAACCUCACGAACUGCACGUCAUACUGGAAGAUUUCGAAGGUCAAACCGUGGUUGCUAAAUAUAGUCACAUUCUUGUUGGGGGACCGAACGAGAAGUAUUCUUUGAAUAGUCUAGGGACUUAUGGCGGUACGGCCGGCGAUUCUCUCAGCGAUGCGGUCAAGAUGAAGUUCUCAACACUGGAUUCGGAUAAUGACUCUCACGCUACGGAUAAUUGUGCCGUGCUAUUUCAAGGGGCUUGGUGGUAUGGCGCUUGUCAUUCAAGUAAUUUGAAUGGAUUAUACAUGCGUGGAAAGGUGGACGUGUUCGCAACAAUGAUGUGCUGGAAGGAGUUCAAAGGAUACCAUUAUGGCUUGAAGCGUUCCCAGAUGCUAAUCCGUGCCACCAGCUGAGAUCGGAUGUGGUAUAACAAUGGCUAGGUGAUACAAUAUUUUAUGCAAUUGAGUUAACGGCUAAUAAAACCGAUUGCAUUCAGUCAAAUGCAGCGUAAA